CACAUGUCACUGGUGUUACAAACGGCAUGAGAGGACACGGACUCGGGAUGCAUCAACGACAUAAUGUUGAAGUACUGACAUUUGCUUAAAAUUGUGUGAUUUUUUAGCCGUACUAGAAGUUGACAAACUUGGAUAAUUCAGCAACUGACAAAACCAUGUUUCGGCAAACGACGGCGGUGCUUCGGAAACUUCGAUACCGAAGUUUCAAUGGACAGCAGCAUUCGUGGAAGCCGAAGAGCACUGCAGCAGCAGAGAGGGCAGUUCAGUACCAACCAGGACAGAAAAUCCACGGUUUUACAGUCAGAGAGGUUGCAGCAGUCCCCGACUUGUUUCUCACAGCAGUAAAGUUGACCCAUGAUAAAACUGGAGCUCAGUACCUCCAUGCAGCCAGAGAUGACUCCAAUAACCUCUUCAGUGUCCAGUUCAGAACGACCCCCAUGGACAGCACAGGGGUCCCACACAUCCUGGAGCACACGGUGUUGUGUGGAUCUGAGAAGUAUCCCUGCAGAGACCCUUUCUUCAAGAUGCUCAACAGGUCCCUGUCCACCUUCAUGAAUGCUUUCACAGCCAGCGACUACACCAUGUAUCCCUUCUUAACCCAAAAUGGGAAGGACUUCCAGAAUCUUCUGUCGGUCUAUCUGGAUGCAGUUUUCUUCCCUUGUUUACGGGAGCAGGAUUUCAGGCAGGAGGGCUGGAGGCUGGAGAAUGAAAACCCCACAGAUCCCAACACCCCUCUGGUGUUUAAAGGAGUGGUGUUCAAUGAAAUGAAGGGGGCUUUUUCGGACAACGAGCGUGUGUACGCCCAGCACCUCCAGAACAAGCUGUAUCCGGACCACACCUACUCUGUGGUGUCAGGAGGAGAGCCUCUCGCCAUCCCAGACCUCACCUGGGAGCAGCUCAGACAAUUCCACGCCACGCAUUAUCACCCCAGCAACGCCAGGUUCUUCACUUACGGAGAUUUGCCUUUGGAGCAGCAUCUGCAGCAGAUUGAAGAGGAAGCUCUUUCAAAGUUUGAGCGCAUCAAUCCAAACACCGAGGUCCCCUCCCAGCCGCACUGGAGCAGCCCUAGAGAGGACCAUGUGACCUGCAGCCCUGACGCUCUGGCUCCAGAUCCAUCCCGGCAGAACACGCUGUGUGUGAGCUACCUGCUGGGAGACAUCACUGACACAUUUGAAGGAUUCACUCUCAGCCUGCUGUCCUCUCUAAUGAUCUCUGGACCAAACUCUCCAUUCUACAAAGCUCUCAUUGAGCCCAAGAUUGGAACCGACUUCUCUUCUGUUGUGGGGUAUGAUGGAAGCACCAAAGAGGCGUCGUUCAGCAUCGGACUGCAGGGGAUGGCUGAGGAGGACACGGAGAGGGUGAAACAAAUCAUUAGCCAAACCAUCGAUGCCAUUAUAGAGAAUGGCUUUGAGGAGGAAAGAAUCGAGGCUCUCCUCCAUAAGAUCGAGAUCCAGAUGAAGCAUCAGUCCACCAACUUCGGUCUGUCUCUGGCCUCAUACAUCGCAUCAUCGUGGAACCAUGAUGGCGACCCCGUGGAGCUGCUACAGAUUAAUGAAAGUGUUGCUCAGUUCAGACAGGCCUUGAAGGAAAACCCUCGCUUCCUCCAGGACAAAGUCAAGCACUACUUUAAGGAGAACACACACAGACUGACCCUGUCCAUGAGCCCUGAUGAGGCCUACAUAGAGAAACAGGCCGAGGCUGAGGAGGAGAAGCUCCAGAAAAAGAUUCAGGCUCUGUCUGACGGUGACAGAAAAGAGAUCUAUGAGAAAGGCCUGGAGCUGCUGGAUGCUCAGAGUAAAACCCAGGACGCCUCCUGUUUGCCUGCGCUCAAAGUGUCCGACAUUGAACCCACCAUACCCAUCACUCCUGUUCAGAUCAGCGCUGCAGGGGGCGUUCCUGUUCAGUACUGUGAGCAGCCCACCAACGGCUUGGUUUACUUCAGGGCCAUGUGCAGUCUCAACACCCUGCCAGAGGAGCUCAGGCUUUAUGUCCCGCUCUUCUGCAGUGUUGUUACCAAGAUGGGCUGUGGAGCUCUGGACUACAAGCAGCAGGCCCAGCAGAUUGAGCUGAGGACAGGGGGCAUGUCCGUCUCCACCCAGGUCAUCCCUGACUCCACCCAGCUGGACGUGUAUGAGCAGGGUGUCCUCCUGUCCUCCUCCUGCCUGGACAGGAACCUCCCUCACAUGUUUCACCUGUGGAGCGACAUAUUCAACAGCCCCCACUUUGAUGACGAGGAGCGCCUCAGAGUGCUGGUGAUGAUGUCAGCGCAGGAGUUAGCCAAUGGGAUCUCCUACUCUGGUCACAUGUAUGCUAUGACCCGUGCAGGCCGUCACCUGACUCCGGCAGGAGACCUCCAGGAGACUUUUGCUGGGAUGGAACAGGUGAAGUUUAUGAAGAGGAUAGCCGAGAUGUCAGACCUCAGCCAAGUCAUCCGAACGCUGCCCAGGAUCAAGAAACACCUUCUCAACCCUGACAACAUGAGGUGUGCAGUCAACACGUCUCCACAGAAAAUGUCCGACGCAGCAGCGCAGUUGGAGAGUUUUAUGAAGGAAGUCGCCGAAAACAGAAAAGAGCGAAAACCUGUCAGAACUCAUAUUAUUGAGAGGCCUUUAGACCCCCUGGAUCAGUCCGGACCGAGUAGGAAACUCAUCUCUGAGUUAAAUUUCCAUCCAUGUCAGAUGAAAACUUUCUUCCAGAUGCCUUUUCCUGUCAACUUUGUCAGUGAGAGUAUUCGCACGGUGCCGUUCUCCCACGAGGACUACGCCAGUUUGUGCAUCUUGGCGAGGAUGAUGACGGCGAAAUUUCUUCAUGGAGAGAUCAGAGAGAAGGGAGGGGCCUACGGGGGCGGGGCCAGGAUGGGAGGAGGCCUCUUCUCCUUUUACUCAUACAGGGACCCGAACUCGGCGCAGACCCUGUCUGCGUUUCGUAAAGGUGUGGACUGGGCCAAGUCGGGACAGUUCACCCAGCAGGACAUCGAUGAAGCCAAACUGUCAGUGUUCUCAGCCGUCGACUCACCUGUGGCCCCCGCAGACAAAGGAAUGGGUCGCUUCCUCAGCGGAGUCACAGAUGAGAUGAAGCAGAAUCACAGAGAAAGGCUCUUCGCCGUCACUCACAAAGACCUGGUGGGAGUGGCCGAAAGGUAUCUCGGUGUCGGCCAGAGGACGUGCGGCGUUGCUAUCCUGGGCCCAGAAAAUGAGACGAUUAAGAAAGACCCCUCGUGGAUUGUAAAAUAAUCCAAUCAGUAGGUAACAUGAACUGAAAACCCAAAAGCAAGAAGAGCUGGAGUUUCUUUAUGCUCCGUUAUGUACAUAUUUAUGACACUGUGAUUAUUACAUUAUCAAACUGAAGUACAAAACCUGAGUCGGCUCUUUUUUUAGUGAUUGUUUUGUGAAGUCGACAGCACUUGACUAGCAAUAAUGAAUGUAAAAAUUGUAGUGUAAACUAAGACUGAUACCACUUUCAUGUCUGCCCCCAACAGCCAGUUAAAGACAGGAAACCGCUAGUCUGGCUCUGUCCAAAGGUAACAAAAUGCUACCAGCACCUCUCUGGAUGGCAUUUGUUUACUCUGUUCAGAAACCAUGUUGUUUUAAGACUCCAGAAGUCACUGCACCUGGUCAGGUAAUAAUCCAGCACAGAACACCCCAUAAAAACCACAAUGUGGUGUUUUUGCAGUAGAUUGGCAGGUGGAUUUUAUGACCUGUGGGUCGAGUCUUUAUGCUAAGCUAACCACCUGCUACCAGUUUACCAUAAAGUCAUGAGAGUGGUAUCAAUCUGAUCUAAUUCUGCAAGAAACUGAUCCCACUAGAUCCAUUUUUUCCUUUACAAAUAGUAUUUUCAAUGCUGUGAGAUAAAUUGCUUUGUGCCGAACUAAGAAAAUUGAAUCUGGAUGAGCCUCAGUCCCGUUUGUUAAUCAAAAGAAGUCACUGACACAUCACAAUGAAACACAUUUCCAUAACUUUCCACACAAUAAAUGCUUUAUUACUCUGUGACAGGACACAUCACGCUGCCAUCACGUAAAGUUAAUGUUGCACACAAGUUUCAGACAUCCUCCACUUCACUGUCAAGCUACAGCAACAGCAGGACCCUACUCACAAACACCACUACGAGAUGCCACAUCCAAAGCCCAGGGUGGGUACAGACAGCAAAGGCAACACCACAACACACACUCACACACACAGCUAGCAGGUGAUAGGACCAGCUCGGCUCACUGCACCUCCCGCAGGUCACGUUUUCAUCUCAAAGUGUUUUACAAUCAAGACGGGAGACGUUUUUUCAAGGUGUGCGAUCCUCCUGCGUGUAAUCUGUCUUUACGAGCAGCUUUAUGGGGAUUAUAUUACUUACGGGACUCAAAGUGCUGAAGAAAAUAACAGAAAUGACACAAGCUUUGAAAGCGUCGCCCCGUUUAGCCUCGCUGUGUUCACACAACACAGAUGUGUACUCAGCUAGGCAGCUUAAAAAAAGCUCGAUAAGCUACAUUUUCAGGACUAAAACGUGAAUACUUAAACAGGACAUAAUGAGGAGUGCUAUAAAUACAAUGUCAGCUCUGCAGGCUGGUUGAAAGUACGUAUUGAGCUUUAUUCCAAACGACUUGCCCUCAAAUUCGUUAUCUAAAACAUAGAUCUCUUCUGAAAAGUGCCGGGACUUAACCAUCAAUAUCUUUUUAAAAUCUACCUUAAUUUAUUUGCAGUCAAUCAGCGGUCGAUCAGUCACUGUGAGGGUAGCUGUCGCUGUUCUGUGAAGCUGUUGGAGUGAAGCUCUCCUCCAGCGGCGGCAGCAGCGCCGGCGGCUCAGAUGGUCGCUGAGGUGUUGCUCUCUUUGGGUCGGAUCCGGGUCACGUGCUCCAGCUGCCCGGAGUCGGACACGUCGUAGCUCGUCUUGUACUUGGCCAGGAUUUUCAUCAGUGGACGCAGCUUCAGCCACCACUGCUCCUUCGGGAUCCUGUGGCUGAGGGGGCAAAACACGAGGUUUUUUUUUAAAUGUAAAAACUACACCCGUCCUGUCACUCACGCUGAAGAUUCACCCCGCCCAGAAGAUUUCAACCUGAGCACAAAUUCAAACAACAGCCAUAAAAAUUAAACAUUAUUUAGAUAUUCAAAUGUUUGAGUUGUCUACAUGUUGUUGCACAUCUGU